UUAAGCUUCGGAUCUGAAGUCCUAAAACUUGUGCUUGUAAAUCAAGUUCCGCAGCUUGGGUUCUCUGUGGGUUAUUGAGUAAACUGGCUCCGCCCAGCUGCUGAAAUGUGAUACAAGUUGGAGCAAGGCCGGAAGUCCAUUACGCUGCUUUCUCUCCUCAAGAUGGAAGCUCCUGGAUUUACCCUGGGUGCCUUCAUGUUUGCCUUGUUCGCUUGUUCUGUGGUUGGUUAUCCUGAUGGAAGAGUAACAAAGUCAUGUGGUGAGAUGAUCCCCCAGCAUGGCCACAGCCCACAGUCAGAGCCUGUUCACAGCAUCACAGUGAGUCAGAUGAAGUUCAGACUGGGAGACCAGAUUGAAGUUACUUUGUCAGGACCAAAAUUUAAAGGCUUCCUCUUAGAAGCACGUAAUGCUGAGGAUUUGCAUGGUCCUCCUGUUGGCUCCUUCACACUGAUUGACAGUGAAGUGUCACAACUUCUGACUUGUGAAGAUGUACAGGGGUUAGCUGUGAGUCAUACAAGUUCAUCCAAGAAGACAGAAAUUAAAGUCUACUGGAAUGCUCCAAGCAGUGCCCCAAAUCACGUACAGUUUCUAGCCACAGUGGUUGAGAAGUAUAAAAUCUACUGGGUGAAGAUCCCUAGUCCUGUCAUUUCCCAACAAAAUGCACAUCCUUUUACGACACCUAAAGCUACAACGGCAUCUUUGUCAACAUCGCUUCCAGUCUCCCACCUAAGUAAGCCGUUCAGUGCCUCAGAGUGUGGGAACAAGAAGUUCUGUAUUAGGAGUCCUUUGAACUGUGACCCAGAGAAGGAGGCUGCCUGCGUCUUCUUGUCCUUUACCACACAUGACCAGUCAGUGAUGGUUGAAAUGAGCAGUCCCAGUGAAGGCUACGUGUCAUUUGCGUUUUCUCAUGACCGGUGGAUGGGUGAUGAUGAUGCUUACUUAUGUAUUCGUGAGGAUCAGACUGUGCAUAUACGACCAUCCUAUUUGACAGGGCGAAGUUAUCCUGUGAUGGAAUCAAGGGGGAGUCUUGGGGAUAUGGCUUGGAGGCUCUCUGAUGGCAUCAUACAGUGUUCUUUCAGAAGAAACAUCACCCUUCCUGGGGUUAAGAAUAGGUUUGCUCUAAACGCAAGCUACUAUGUAUUUCUAGCAGAUGGUGCAGCACAUGACGGUCGAAUUUUUAAGCAUUCUCAGCAACCUUUGAUAACAUAUGAAAAAUAUGAUGUGACAGGCACUCCAAGGAACAUAGGAGGGUCCCAUUCUUCACCCCUUUUGAAGGCUCAUGGUGCCUUAAUGUUUGUGGCAUGGAUGACUACUGUUAGCAUAGGGGUACUGGUGGCCCGAUUCUUCAGAUCUGUUUGGUCAAAGGCUUUCUUCUUUGGUGAAGCAGCUUGGUUUCAGGUGCACCGAAUGCUCAUGCUUGCUACAUCUGUGCUCACCUGCAUAGCUUUUGUUAUGCCUUUUGUAUACAGAGGAGGCUGGAGUCAGCGUGCAGGCUACCACCCAUACCUCGGUUGUACAGUGAUGACUUUAGCUGUCCUUCAGCCUCUACUGGCAGCCUUUAGACCAUCUUUACACGACCCAAGGAGGCAAAUGUUUAACUGGACUCAUUGGAGUGUGGGGACAGCUGCUAGAAUAGUUGCAGUGGCAGCAAUGUUCCUAGGAAUGGACUUACCAGGACUGAAUCUUCCCAAUCCACAGAAAACCUAUGCAAUGAUGGGGUUUGUGGUCUGGCACAUUGGGACUGAGGUCCUUCUGGAGAUACAUGCUUACCGACUCUCUCGGAAAGUUGAAAUACUGGACGAUGACAGAAUUCAGAUCCUUCAUUCACUUAGUGUUGCUGAAGCAGAAGGUCAUGUUUUCAAGAAGGUGGUGUUGACAGUUUAUAUCUGUGGGAAUGUGAUUUUCCUCAUCAUGUUCUUGUCUGCAAUCAACCAUGUGUGAUCAAGUGAAGACCUAGGUUUUAUGGCCCUGCUCAUAAUUACCAUGAAGACAAGGAAUCUCGAAGCUUGUCCUGACUGUCUGGAGCAUGUUUUAACUGGGGAGACUCCUGGACAUCUUUGUAGAGGAAUUCUAGAAUCUGGUCUGAUCAAAUUAAGAGGGUCAUACAGACAACUUGCUAAGCUUUCUAUGUAAUUCUGCAUCUUGAGGGAAAUGUACUUGAGGUGAAAUGACUCUAUUUCAUGCCAGAUUUAAGAUAGUAAACUAGAAUGGUUAACCAACAAAACAAAACAGAGCAAAACAAAACAAAACAACCCCCCCAAAACUAAAAACCCCGUGUCCUCAGAAUAAAGGAGGGCAUUGUAAAAUCAUAUAAAAAAGGAGAUAGCAUGCAUAUAGAUAUAUGAAUGAGACAGGCUCUCAUAUAGUGCAAGCAGGCUUCCAAUUCACUAUGUAGCCUUGAACCUUGAAUCUUCUUGCCUCCACUCCUGGGUGCUGGGAUUAUAGGCAUGUACUAAUAUGUCUGGUUUUAAGGUGAAUAUAAUUUCGAUGACAAUGCUGCUGUAGUACAUUAACAAAUACAUUUAUUUUUUACUAGUUUACAUAAAUGGUCUUGAACUUGAAAAAAUUUUUUCUUAUAUUUUAUUGUGUGUGAGUACACACAUACACACACACACACACACACACACACACACACACACACCAUGGUGCUUCUGUGAAGGUCAGAGGGCAACUUGGGCGAAUCAAUUCUCUCUUUCCACCGUGUGGGGCUUGGGGAUCUAACUCAGGCCCUCAGGCUUGGUGGCAAGUGCUUUUAUCUGCUGAGCCAUCUUGCUGGCCCUUUGGAGUUUUUGAGAGAAAAAGUAAGUUUUCAGGACUGGGUGUGCAGCUCAUGUUAGGCUCUUUUUCAAUACAGCUGAGCCGUGAGUUUGAUCCCUAACGCUGAACAAAGAAGCAUGUUUCUAGUCUAUUUGGGGGACUUUUAUUUUUGGCUCUGUGUGUUUCAGCGUUUCUCUGGUUAAGGGUAAAAGUGGGGUGGACUGACUGACUAGUAUGUUUCAUUCACAUUUAAUUAGAUUCUGAACAUUAUAUUCUUCGUUAGUAAUGGAAUGCAAGUAGAUGUCUUAGAAAUCACAUUUGUUCGAUUACGGAGUAGAAAGGGAAUUGUAUGUCAGGUGUUUCCGCUGUGAGACUUGACCUCAGCAUUUAGAGAGCAGAAUUGAAUUCCAGAUUUCAUAAAACUCACAUAUACAGCAAGCUUUCCCUUCCCUUAUGACAAUAAAACAAUGUGGACGUGGUUUCUUUGUCAGACAUCCUGUGCACUAAUGAAUCAGCACAGGCGCUGUUACUUCCCUUAUCCCUGCAGUCAUUUCUAUCUGAUGGCCAGGUCACAUAUUUGCUAUGACGGCUUACCACCAGUGGGUGGCACUGGAACACUGAAGUACUCACAUGCUCUUGUCUCCUUGUUUGUUUCUUUUUCGUUAUAACAUGGAGUGCUACUUUCCUUACAUUAUACCAGAUCUUCUUAA